AAUAAAAAGGAUUCAAUAUUUUGCGCUAGUAAGCUAGAAUAGAUAAUAAAAGGUUUAGCCUCUUAUUCAAAGAUACUUUGCAUUGAAAUAGCAAUAAAAAUGCAAUGUCGAGUUUGCAUGCAAACAAAUUGUCAUAUCCUACUUGAUAUGAGCAUUGCAUGCACAGCAGAAGGUAAAUCUCUUUUCGACUACUACAAUGAAUGCACACAGCUACAGGCGUCAGUCAAUGAUAACUUUCCGAAUACGCUUUGUAAAGGUUGUACACAAAAACUCCAAAUAGCUUAUACCUUUAGAAAAUCUGCCCUGCAGUCGCACGAAGAAUUUAAGAAAUUUCUAACUUCGCAAAUAGAAACGGAAUCAGCUGAGGAGUUUUCGGCUUUUAAGAAAAUGGAGAAAACUAAGGACGACCCAUUAGACAUGGAGUUUAAACAAGCUUUGAAGGCUUUAACGAAACCUGAUUUUGAAUAUCCUGGGCAUAUAAAGCAAUAUUCCACACAAUAUUUCGAGGAACCACCACAAGAAAUGAAAAGAAACUGGAAAGCAGAUGGGACAAUAAAUACGGAAAAUGAGAAUGGCCAGGUUAUUGAGUUCUUAAGCGAAAUAUCAAGUGAUGAUCAAUCACAAAUUGUAAUGGCACAAAGAUCUGGAAACGAAGAUUCAGAAGAGGAAAGUGAAACUGACACAAAGCAACAUGAAUCUGAUUUAUCGAUGCAUUGGGACUCCUGCAAUGAGAAACCUUUAACGUCCCGAAAUGAGCUUGACAAUUUUCAAAGUAACCACAAAUCUCAUAAGUAUUUUCCAUCAACUUCUUAUAAAUGUAAAUAUUGUAGAAACAUCUUUUCAUCUGCUUUUGAAUUGGAAAACCAUGUGAAAAAGCACAGUAAAACACUUACAAAUCAAAAGUAUAACACUGUUAUUGUCAAGCAAUUGCCAGAAAAAGAAAGUGACAACAAAACGCCUACGGAAUCUGCAGCUGGUUAUGUACAAAAAAAGGGCAAAGAGUCUCAGCUACAUAAAAGGAAAGACACAAAAAGUGGGCUAUAUCAAAAAGUAGCUACUGAGAAUAAUUUACAUAAAACACAAUUUCCGGAUGAUAAUCAAGACCAACAGAAAUCAUCUGAAAUGUACGUAGAUAAAAGGACAGAUAGUUCCAAAUUAAAAGAAGAGAAGAAGCAUUUGUGUUCAUUUUGCCCUCGAGUAUUAUCUACUAGGCUUGCGCUAAAUGCGCACGAAAAAAAACAACAUUUAAAUAUACAAACGGACCUGAAAGAAUGUCCAACUUGUCAGAAAAAAUUUAGUUCGGAUUAUUUAAAGAAACAUAUCCAAGUUGUGCAUAUUGGAGAGCGUAAAUUUACAUGUGAUAUUUGCGGUGAUUCAUAUAAAAGCCAUCCUCAACUUAGUCGACACAAGCUGUUGCACAAGAAGGAGCGUAAUUUGGCAUGCACUGUGUGUGAUAAAAGGUUUACGGAAACGUCUCAUUUCAAAGUACAUAUGCGAAUUCAUACAGGGGAAUUGCCAUUCGCCUGUCAAUUUUGUGACCGUCGGUUUAGAAUUAAAGUGCACCUCACCUACCAUUUGCAACAUCAUGCGAACAUCAAGCAAAAAUGUAAUGUAUGUGGUAAGGAGUUCAAAAACAUUAAAUCGUUACGAGACCACUCAUACGUGCAUACUGGCGUAAUGCCAUAUACUUGUCUUAUUUGCGGUUACGGCAGCCCGAAACGUGAAUAUUUUACGAAACAUAUGCUGCGUAAACACGACACAACUAUGACUGCUGAUGAGUUAUUUGCGAUGUUCAAAGCAAAUACUGGCCGAUCUCCUCACGUAAAACUAGCUGAGGAAUUAGACAUAAUGUAUAAGAACGUGCAACAAUCUACCUAAUAUGGAUAAGUGUUUAGAGAAAUCAUUGUUGAAUGUUGUAUGGUUGUAAUAGCUUUCCAACAUUGUCUGGUAAUGAUUUGUAGUUAGAAGGCAACAACAAAUUGCAUGAUUUUUUUUGUUUUAAUUGUGUUGGCUUUUUAGAAGCGUCUAAUCGACAAUGGAAUAUCCAUUUGGUCGAAUAUCCUUUUAGACCUUGUGAAGAAACUACUGUAAUUCUGCACUAGUCGAGUCAAAAUAGUCUUGAGUUGUCGUAUUUGGGUGCACGUUGUCGUUCACAUGGGAACAGGGCAACCAUUUUUUGACUUUGAAGACUUCUCCAGGGUACGCAUAAAAACCGCCAGAGAUUGAGAUAACUACUAUUAAUGGUAUAUCGAAUAAGGGAAUAUACUGCUAAAUAUGAAAUUUCUUUUGCAAACAAUUGCGACAGGCUUCCUCCGCUGCCUAUUUUAUUUGGUAACUUGGCAUACUCUGAUAAAAGCAAUGCUCCAAAAAUUACAUGAAUUCCAUCUUCAGUAAGCGUCCGCGGUUUAUUUCUCUAUUUAGCAUACGCAGUUAAGUAUUACUCGUAUGUUAUGGUAUUCGUAUAUUAGUAACAAGGGAGGUUAACGCUGUCGGCUAGCUAUGGGUGAUAUUUUAAUAUAUGUAUUUUUUUUUAUUUCUCGUUUCAUUUACAAAUAUGCCUUUUUAAAUUAUUUAAUAUUUCGAGAAUUAUUAAAUAAAAUCUAUAUUGAAAAUAAAUAAAGCCAGCAAGUUCUGACUUUUAUUUAGCAAUCCAGUGAUCGAACUCAGAGGAAUUAUAAAGCGCCUUGUUAUUUGGCAAAACGUAACAAUUACAUUACAAAAACAAAAUGUAUAUGUAAACGCACUGCUUGUUUAUGGACUGUUUAUAUAUAUUGUUGCGAACUUUGUUACGUCAAAAUCCAAAUAAAUCUCUUACAAUAAUUCCUCCGAGUUCGAUCACUGGACUGUCGAAUAAAAGUCGCAAAUUAAUAGCAACACAUCUUGCUUUACUUUAUUUCCAACACUUAACUGCUUUAUUUUACAUAAUACAUGUUCAUCUUACGACUGAAUACCCUUGUACUGCAUGUACAUGUGCUUAAUAACAAUCGUAAUUUUUAAAUCUGGCAGCUCGUAUCUUCUGAUAAGGUCUGUCCCGCCAUCAAGGCGAAAUCAUGUUUUUGUUUUGAUAUUUCAUUCGCUCGCUAUUGUUGCCAGUCUCCUCACGAAGUUUUCCGUUCGCAACAAUAUUAUGUAAUAGCGCAUUUCGCACGCGUACUGCUGCCGUCACUUUUUGCAACCUCAGUAAACAUCGUUUACGGAUUUUCCCCAAUUGUCUGUUAUUAGCAGCCAAUUGCGCAAUUAAGUUGAUUAUUGCUUCUUUCUGCAUUCUUGUCAUAUCAUUAAUAAUAAUUGAAGAAACCCAAAACACUAAAAUAUUCCACCAAAUAGAUUUCUGUGAAGAAAACUACUUCAAAACAGUCUUGACAGCUGAUAAUUAGCUGCUAAUCUCCCAUAUUGGGGGGUGUGAGAGUACUUUUAGGGUUAUACAAGGCAAAGGAAAAAAUCGUUUGCGUAGCCUAGGCGUCCAACUCCAUUUAACUUUCACUUUUCCAGCAAGCGCCGUUAGUCUCGUAUCGUACAAAUUACUUGCUCUGACAUCGAUUCUUUCGCGAAUUACAACGAAAUGUAAAUUUGCAAAAUUUUCUGUCUUCGAAGAAUCAUAAGACAGUAGUAAGUAUUGGCAAAAAGUGUGAAUGUGUUGCUAUAUAGUCUUUCCAAAACUCUCUCGUGUAAACGCCAAGUCAGUCUGCAACGAUAACUUCGAAGAUCUGACCAUUUUAUUUUUUUUACUUCAAAUCAGUACGAUGGAAACGAAGAAUAAAAGCUGUUAUCGAUAAAUUGACGAUAGAAUAAAAGUCAAAGAUAUCACAGUGAAUUACUUUUGGCGCUGAAAUAAACAAAAAAGGAGUUAACUUCUUGUUGUGCUUCAAUUAAGUGGUGUUGAAAAAAAUAAAAAUGCAAUGUCGGGUUUGCAUGCAAACAAAAUGCCAUAUCCUACUUGAUAUGAGCAUUGCAUGCACAGCAGAAGGUAAAUCUCUUUUCGACUACUACAAUGAAUGCACACAGCUACAGGCAUCGGCCGGUGAUAACUUUCCCAAAACACUUUGUAAAAUUUGUGCUCAAAAACUCCAAAUAGCUUAUAACUUCAGAAAAUGUGCUCGCAAGUCGAACGAAGAAUUUGAAAAACUAAUUGCGCAA